AUGUCACACACGACAACGUGCCACAGGGAAUCCUCUGGCGGAUCAGAGCAACUCCAUAACGCGGCCGUCUGGCCGCUUGCCCUUUCCUCUAUCCUCCCACUCAGCGCGCUUCAUCAUACUCAGUACGCCGUUUCUGUGUAUUUUUCUAUCUUUUUUAAACAGGAGGCGUACCCGGGCAAGCCGCUGGUUUAUCUCGACAGCGCUGCUACCUCUCAGAAGCCGAAGGUUGUCAUAGACGCCUUGCGAGACUACUACGAGCGCGACAACGCUAAUGUUCACCGCGGAGCGCACCAGCUCUCAAUUCGCGCCACCGAGGCAUACGAGGCUGCUAGGGAGAAGGUGGGCGCGUUCGUGAACGCGGAGACAUCGCGGGAGAUCGUCUUCACGCGGGGGGCCACGGAGGCAAUCAACCUCGUCGCGCAGACGUGGGGCCUGGACAACCUGGCGGCGGGAGACGAGAUCGUUACGACGGUCAUGGAGCACCACAGCAACAUGGUCCCGUGGCAGGCGAGAGUGUGCAUCAUAGGCUCUUGUUUGAUCUGUCCCGUCGGUCUGUUGGCGGAGCGGACGGGCGCGGUGCUGAAGUUCGCGCAGAUCCGGGAGGACAUGUCGCUUGACCUGGACCACAUGAAGAGCCUCAUCACCGACAAGACCAAGCUGGUAGCGGUGGUGCACGCCUCGAACGCCCUGGGCGGCGUCAACCCCGUGAGCGAGAUCGCGGAAGCGGCCCACGCCGUCGGCGCCAAGGUUCUGGUGGACGGGUGCCAGAGCGUGCCCAACAUGCCCGUCGACGUACAGGCUCUGGGCGUUGACUGGCUGGUUGCUUCGGGGCACAAGAUGUGUGGCCCAACCGGGAUCGGGUUCCUCUGGGGUCGGAUGUCCGUGCUCGAAACGAUGCGGCCAUGGCAGGGUGGGGGCGAGAUGAUCGACCAGGUAUACUUCGACCACUCCACGUUUGCGGAGCCCCCGGCUAGGUUCGAGGCGGGCACCCCGGCGAUCGCUCAGGCCGUCGGGCUUGGGGCCGCGUGUGACUACCUGUCGUCCAUUGGGAUGGAGAACGUGGCCGCGUACGAGCACGAGAUGUCCAAGUAUCUUUGGGAGCGACUGUCGGAAGUGGAGGGGCUCGACUUUUACGGCCCGCCCCCGAACGCCUCGGGGGACAACAGAAACCCUCUUCUGGCCUUCAACAGCCGAGACGUUCACGCUCAUGACCUCUCAUUUUUCAUGGACCAGGCAAGCCUGGAGGGCGUGGCGAUUCGUGCGGGGCACCACUGCACACAGGCUUUGCAUCGACAGCUUGGGGCGGCCGGCAGCCUUCGGGCCAGCCUGUACAUCUACAACACCAAGGACGACGUCGACCAAUUCAUCGAGGUGCUGCUGCCGCUGUUGAUGAUGAUAGUGGCGUACGUCUGUCUCUUUGUUGCUGCUUCGAAGGCGUUUCUGUCGACGGACCAUGGCUAG